AAAAAAAAAAAAAAAAAAAUAAAAAAAAAAAGACAUAAUGUAAUUAUAACCGAGAUGUGUCUUAAAAAAAAUAUAUAUAAUUAGACACACUAAGUUAGCCAAGGUUCUAAUAGCUUAAUUUUUUUAGCAUGCAAUAUUUUCCUAAGAAGACAUAAUUAUUUAAAUUUUAAAUAUUUAAAAUGCAUAUUAAUUAAGGGCAAUGGAUUUAUUCUGACCAGUGAUAAAGAAAAAAAGGAGGUAAAUGUGAAAAUAGAAACGCUCAGGUAUUGGAAUGAAGAUAACAAUCUAGAAGAUAAAGUAUCAAUGAAUAGAGAAAUGUCUAAAAAGAAGGUAUUUAUAGAAAUAUAUGUGACAAUAUUGCAUGAAUGCCAAAAAGAGUAUUGGGAGUUGCAUAAAUGAAAGUUUUUACAAAUUUGUUUGGAAGAAUGGAAAAAUGAUAAUAUAUUAUAUGAAGAUAUAUUGGAAGACGAAGACAUAGUUGAAACAGAAAGUGGAGAAAGCAAUAGAAUUUCACCAGAGAAACGAGAAUUAUUAGAAAAAUGGAAGAAGGAAAAAUGGUUUAAAAAUUUUAAGAAGGAAUGGGAGUAAGAGCAAGAAAGUUAUGAGAAACAAUGAGAGGAUCAAAUAAGAGGAUCAGAACUAACAGAAAUGGAAGGUGGAAAAAAUAGUUUGGUAGAAAAGAAAAAAAUAAUAUGGAAACAGUGGUUAAUGAAGCAAAGAAAAUGGUUCAUGGAAUGUAGUAAAGAAAAUUGGUUUAAUAGGUUGUUAAAAUAAUACGAAAAGGAAGAAGGAAAUUAUAAGAAAGAAUUUACUAAAGGAAAUAUGAAGGAUGUAGAGGAAUUAGAGGAAGAAAGAAAUAAUGAAAUAAUAAACUACAAAAGGAAAAAGUUGAUAAAAAAAUUGUUAACACAAAUACAUAUGGUGAUAUUAGAAGAAUGCAAAAAAGAAGAAUAGGAGAGAAACAAAGAUGAUUUUAUUAAAAUAAGUAUGGAUAAAUUGAAAAUAGAGAAAAUUUUAGAUAUUAAAGGAAAUAUAUUAGAAAAUUUAGAUGAUGAUAUUGCUGAUGUUAUAUUAGAGAAGAAAGAAGAUGAUAUAGAAAAGCUAAAAAAAGAAGAAUGAUUUACACAGUUAAAGCUAAAAUGGAAAAAUAACAAAGAGAAAUAUAUAAAAGAUAUAAAUGAGGAAACGUUGAUAAAAGAAAAUAAAGGAAGAACUAGAGAUUUCCUGUUAUAGAGGCAGAAAAUUAUAUGGAAAAAACAUUGGGAAGAUAUUCGAAAGAAAUGAGUAGAAAAUGGCAAUAAAGGAGAAUUGAUUACACAGUUGGGUGAUGAACACGAAAAUAAAGAAAAAGAAUAUAUAGCGGAAAUACAUGAACGUAGUAUAGAAGAGAAAAUGAUACAUGAGAAAACUGAAGAAGAAUGUAAAACAAUAGAAGAUAUUUCAGAGAAGAUAAAAGGAGAGAUUUUUAGAAAAAAGGAAGAAAAAAUGAAAAAAUAUAAAGUGAAUAAGAUGAAAAAUAUAGAUAAAAAGUUCGAUUCUAUAACAAUGAAAAAAAAGUUAAAAUGAGGGACUAUAUUAGAAAUACAAAUGAUGGUAUUAGAAGAGUGUAAGAAAGAAGAAUGGGGAUCAAAUAAAAAUUUUUUUCAAAUUUGUAUAGAAGAAUGGACAAAGAAAAAGGCAUCAUAUGAAAAUAUAUUGAAUAAAGAAAAUGGUUGAAUAGAAGAAAACAGUCAAAUUUUGUUAGAGGAACAAAAGUUUCUGUGGAAAGAAUGGUCAGAAAGGAAUAUGAAUAUGUUGGAGAAAUGGAAAAAAGAAGAAUAGUUUAAUAAAUUGAAGAAAGAAUGAAAAAAUUAUGAAGAAACAUAUCCAGAAAAAAAGGUAGAAGCAUUAGAAAAUGGAGUAAAAAAUCCUAUGUUAGAAAGACAAAAAAAAAUAUGGAGAGAGUGAUUAAAGCAUCAUUUAGGGAUUAUAGAAGAAUGGAAUAAAGAAAUCUGAUUUGUGGAGGUGUUAAACAAUUAUAAAAAAGAAGAGAAUAAGGAAUUGCAGAUAAAAGAAAUAAAAAAUUUGUCGAAGAAAAUUAAAAAAGAUGAAAGAGCAAUAGAUGGUGUGAAAGAACAAUUGGAUGGAACAAAGAAGAAAAAGUUGAUAUGUAGAUUAUGGAUAGAAAUGCAUGUGACGGUAAUAGAAGAAUGUAAGAAGGAAGAAUUGAAAUAAAUCAAAGAUGAUUAUCUUAAGUUAUAUAUAGAAGAAAAGAAAAAAAAAGAAGAAAUGUAUGAAAAAGAAAUGAAGAAACAAGAAAGGGUUGAUGUAAGUGGGAAAAAUAAAUGGAAUAUUCUGAUAGAGAUGGAAAAAAAAGAGAAAAGUAAAAUGGUUGACAUAGAUAAAAAAACAAAAUGGAAUAUUCUGGUGGAUAUGAAAGAAAGAAAAUGGAAUAGUUGGAAAAAACAAAAAUGGUUUCAAGAGUGGAAGGAGAGCUGGAAAAGAAAAGAAAUGAAGCAUAUGGAAAAAGGAAUUAUAAAUCCAGUACCAGAACAAAUUGUUCUAUGGAAUGGACAAUGGCUAGAAAAGCAAAGAAAUAUUCUAAAAAAAAAUAACAAACAAAAUAGUUCUAGCAAAUAUAUGUCACAGAGGUACAAAAAGAAAGAAAAUAUAGAUAAUGCAUCAAACGAAUUAAAAAUUACAAUAUUAUAA